AUGAUGCUGCGGAGGACGCUGCCGAGGCUGGCCUCAGCGAAGGGCGCCGGCGGCCACUUCCCCUCCCUCCGUGGCCACCCGGCCGCGCGCGUCAACGCGCGGGAGGCCGCCGAGAAGCAGGCGGCACUGGCGGCGAAGGAGGAGAGGGACCGGCGCGGUAACGCCGCCGCGGCGGCGACGGUGAAGGAGUUCCGGGUGUACCGGUGGAGCCCGGACUCGCCGGAGCGGCGGCCGUACCUGCAGUCGUACCACGUCGACCUCGCCACCUGCGGUCCCAUGGUGCUGGACGUCCUGCAGAAGAUCAAGGAGGAGCACGACGCGACUCUGGCGUUCCGGCGGUCGUGCCGGGAGGGCAUCUGCGGGUCCUGCUCCAUGUGCAUCGACGGGGUGAACACCGUCGCGUGCCUCAAGCCCGUGGACACCGGCACGUCGGCGGCCACGACGGUGACGCCGCUGCCCCACAUGUACGUGGUCAAGGACCUCGUCGUCGACCUCACCAGCUUCUACCAGCAGUACAAGUCGGUGGAGCCGUGGCUGAAGAGGAAGUCGAAGACGAAGACGACGGAAGGGGGGCUGCGGGAGCACGCGCAGUCGCCGGAGGAGAGGAAGAAGCUGGACGGGCUGUACGAGUGCAUCCUGUGCGCGUGCUGCAGCACGGCGUGCCCGUCGUACUGGUGGAACUCCGAGGCGUUCCUGGGGCCGGCGGCGCUGCUGCACGCGUACCGGUGGGUGUCGGACAGCCGCGACGAGUACGGGGCGGAGCGGGUGCAGGCGCUGGCGGAGGGGUGGGACAAGCUCUACCGCUGCCGGAUGAUCAAGAGCUGCACCGCCACCUGCCCCAAGAGCCUCGACCCCGCCGCCGCCAUCUCCGCCAUGAAGACCUUGCACCAGCUCGGCAAACCGUGACGCCGUCGGAAUGUUGUGUUGCGUGCGUCCGUGCGUUUAUGUUAAUUAAUCCCGUCAAACACUAAUAAGAUUUGCCGACCU